AUGAGUACGUCAGAAGAAAUUAGAAAAGAAGGAUACCCAUGUGAGGAAGGAAAAGGCUUUUUCUUCCUAUUUAGAAAAAACAGGGGCGUGGACAAAGGUUGUGCUGAUGAAGCUGCUUUGGGUAGAGGAGCUCCACAAGAUUCGAGUAAUGAACGUGGUCGUCAGGACCAGGAUUUAAGGAAAAGUGGAUCUCAGGCGGGAUCUGAAGACGUGGAACACUCAAAGGAAGAGGAAGGAACGAAUAAAAAAAAAAAACAAGGCAAGGAAGACCGAGUAGAAGAUGGUUCCAAGGGAAAAUACAUCAAGGGGGGAACACCCGGCAUGAACAUAACCGUUUCGACCUUGGAAGAACGAGACGCACUGAACGAAGCAACGAGAUCACCACAUGCUGGUGAUGUAAGUCCUGAGAGUUAUAGCGACCAACUAAAAUUUGUUCACAAUACAACGAAAGAUUUCGAGGACGAUGGUAGUCAAAUGGCCCAUGACACUGCUACCAUGGUGGACAAUACGGAAAAUGGGCCAAAUGGUAAAAACGACAUGGGCUUGCAUGAAUUAAAUGAACAUAGCAACCACAGUGAUGAUGCUAGUAAUGUAAACAAAUGCAAAAGUGAAAUUGAUAACAGAAUUAAAAGAAAAAUGCAUCCGUUAAAGCAAAAUGAGGAGAAGAAGAAGAAAAAAACAGAUAUAGAUAAUGCUCCUUCUAUUGCUUCCGAUUCAUCUGAUAAGGAAAACAUGGACUCAAACGACAAUUUCAGUAAUAAUAGCACCACUGCCAUGUUUAAUAACAAGGACAAAGAUGACACAAAGGAGAAAAAGAAAUUUGGCUCCAAGGAGGACCACGUCAUUUUUGCGGAUGAGGCCCUGAAAGGAUACCCACGCAUUUUCGUAACCAGACUUCCCUUCGAGGCUGGAAAAAAGGACCUAGAAAAAUACUUCUCCAAAUAUGGAAAAAUAGUGGACAUUUACGUAUCAAAAAAUUUGUCAAAUAACAAAAAUAAGGGCUUUGGAUUUGUCUCCUUUGAGAAGCAAAUCUCGAUGGACAAUGUCCUGAAGGACAAGCUGCACAUCAUCUGCGGCAAGGAAAUCGUCGUGGACGUCGCUUCUAUGAGGGACAGCAAAACCAAGCACCUUUUCCACCUGCCGUCGGACCACUACCUAUCCAAGUACCCGAGGAAUGACAAAAAGUCCCCCAGCAGGACGAGCAACAAUUACGUCAACAUGAACAAGUACCACAGUGUACAUAAUAAAACGACCAACAUAAGGGACAUGUCCAAAAAUGUCGAUAAUAAUUUAGUCAUGCAAAAUUUUUACAAUCUAUGCCCAACGUACAAUGUACCAGAUAACAGAAUGAACAAUAAAAACGCCUACAAGAAUAAUAUGCCCAUGACCUUUUUCCCCCCCGCGGGUUAUAAUAUGGACAUGACCUAUUUCAAUAACCAGCAAAUGCCCUACCAGAACUGCAUGGAUUACAUGAGCCAGGAGUACUACUGGAACAUGGCCAACUAUUAUAACUGGAAUAACAUGAUGUUUCAUAAUGAAAAUAUGUACAAUACGAAGAAAAUGGAAUACCCUGAAUAUGUCGAAUACCCCUACUAUGCCUGUAACGGGCAGUACAUGAAUCAGACAGGCCUCCCCCCAACAAUGGGGAAAAACAAAUUGCCACCAAAAACUUGCCCCACCGAGGAGAGCAAUUUGAAGUACCCCACGAGUGUCGUCCCAAGCGGGAGUUACCAUUCCCCCGGUCAGCCAUUUGUGAGAAAAUUACCAGGCGGAGAUGAAUGGAACAAACGAGGAUACAAGCUGUUCGUUACCAAGUUGAAUAGCGUGACCACGAUCGAAACGCUCCGAAAGUACUUCGAAGCCUUCGGCGAGAUCAUCGACAUUUACAUGCCCAACGACGUGUGCACAAACAGACCUCGAGGCAUCGCCUUUGUUACCUUCCUGGACAACGACUGCGUGAAGAAAAUUCUUUCGAACAAAUAUUCAAGACAUAUAAUUGAUGGAAAGGAGGUUGUUGUUGAUCUUGCGGACCCAGAAACGAAAUCGAGGAAGAAUUUCUGUUACCCUUGA